UUUUUCUAGCUAAACAUUACCGAGGAGUCCGUCUUCUCCGUUUCCUCCUGCCUCUACUGCUUUCUGCUGAGCUACAUCGGCCAAGCCGAACCCUUACCGUAACUACAUGCCAGGUGAUGCACUGAGGGUGGUUUUUAAUAAAGACCACCCGCUAUGCAGUGCUGGUGCUCGGUGCACGGCUUGUAGGUAUCUGUGUGGUAGGACAGACUGAGUCCAGACAUCAGGAAGCUGAAGAAAAGAGAACUGUGAGAGCAGACAGACAGGAGGCCACGGUUCCCCCUCACACACAUACACAUCACCACGGCCUUGAUGGUGAUGUAUGCAAGGAAACCAACAAGAGUCAGCGAUGGGUGCAACGACAGAAGGGAUUCACAAUCCUAUCAGACCCAUAAAUCUCAGCCAAAGAGCCAGUCCAGCAGCCUUCAUCGUUACGACAAGGUACGCGAUGGCUCAUUGGAUCCCACGCCCCCCUACAAGAUGCUGCGACGCUCAGACGAAAGUCCUGUCAGCAGACAUGGAGACAGCACAGGGCAUGGCAAGCCAAAAACCUCUCACACAGUUAGAGGAAAAAAUGGGACCAGCGGCUCUCCUCAGGAGAACUCUCACAACAACAGCUCCCACCAUGGCUCUGACUCGCAUGCGACUCAGAGCAAGCCUGCAGACAGGGACCCAGCAGAUGACUGGACAGAACACAUCAGUUCCUCUGGGAAAAAAUACUACUACAACUGCAGAACUGAGGUAUCCCAAUGGGAGAAGCCCAAGGACCUGUUGGAGAGGGAACAACGACAGAAAGACCCAGUCAAGAUGCCGGCGAACAGUUUUCCCAGGGACAUGGACUACAGACAAGAGGCCUUGCAGGACAAAGCCACAACAAAGACCACAUCAGGGGACCAGUCCACAGCAUCCAACGCUGGCCAUUCCUCCUCUUCCUCUUCCUCUCAGAGCUUGAAUUCUGCUCCUGGUGCUUUAGGUUCCACCCCCUCCACCAUGUCCUCCUCCUCUUCCUCCUCUACGGGGCAGUUGCUCCAGUCUGUCCAGUCCCCAUCACCAGCACUGCUGCAGGACCCAGCCCUCCUACAUCAGCUCCUCCCAGCUCUGCAGGCAACCCUGCAGAUGAAUAACGGCAGUAUGGACAUGGCUAAGAUCAAUGAGGUCUUGGCAGCUGCUGUCACCCAAGCUUCCUUGCGGUCUGUGCUUCAUAAGCUCCUCACUGCUGGACCUGCUUUCAACGUCACUGCUCUGCUCUCAGCUGCUCAGCACUCCAACCAAGCCCAGCACUCCAGUCAGUCUCCUGUCUCUCUGACAUCAGAUGCAUCAUCACCACGGCCGUACGUCUCGCCACGGAACGGCACGCCACAGAGCAACCAGAAAUCCCUUAUGGGUGUGCAUCCUGGCAGUAUCACAUCCUCACAAACAAGGGGCAGUAUGUCUUCAGGUAAGCAAGGAUCUGUCCCCCUCUCUCAGACUGCAGAGAAGCGUCCAGAAGACCCCAGAACUCUCCAGCAGAGAAGCCAGGAGAUUCUGUGCACAGGAUCAAACAUAUCUGGUGCUGUGUUGUCCCACGUCCCCUCCAGCACCGCCCAAACCCAGGCUGAUACCCCCAGCUCCUUCACUCCCACUCUGGCAGCUCAUUUUGAUGAGAACCUCAUCAGACAUAUCCAAGGAUGGCCUUCAGAGAACAUGGAGAAACAGGCGGCUCGGUUGCAUGAGGACAUCCACAACAUGGGCAGCUUGUACAUGUCUGAGAUCUGUACAGAGAUGAAAAACCUCCGCUCCCUGGUCAGAGUGUGUGAAAUUCAGGCCACACUGAGGGAACAGAGAAUCCUGUUUCUGAGGCAGCAGAGCAAAGAGCUGGACAAGCUGAAGAACCAGAACUCCUACAUGGUGUGAGGACCUGACUAGAGAAGAUAGGACUUGAAUAGAUGGAUUAAAAUAUUGAUAGAAAAAGAGGAAUAGACAUGGACGGCAAGAUGCCACAGCCUGUUUAUUCUCCCUGUAAGAGCAACUGAGAAAAGCUGCUGGAAGACAGCGGCUGACAAGGUGACUCUCCAUCAUCUUGAACAUGUCUUUUUUUCCUUUUCUUUCUUUUCUUUGAUUUUAUUUUAAAUUUGUUUUUCCAGUGUCCACCACAUGAAUUACUCUCACUGAAAGGUGAAAUUGACAGUUCGCUGAGUGGGACACUUUAACCAAGUGGACAUAAAGGACCUGAGGCUCUUUUCAAACAGCACCUUUUUGGACUGUGAACCUUGGAUUGUGUGUAUUGUACUGGGUUAACUUGUUUUCUGGUGUGUUUUGAUGUGUAGUAGUCAGGAAAAGAUUCAUUCUUGGAAAAAUGAACUAAAAUAAAUCAUCUCAUAACAA